GCCGCACACACACGCUGGUGCCUGAUACGCUGCUCGCUUCGACCUGUGCAUUGGUCACUCUUCACAACCCGAUCGUUCGCGCCCAGGAACUCUUCUCUUUCUGUGAGGAACCAGAGGCUCUUCGUCCGGUUCCGAAAGUCCUUCCCAGAACGUUUUACGUGUCGCGUUUCAAGAGACUUCCAUGCGUUCGGAACACUUUCAACAAUCCGCUUAAGACUUACACUACUGAAGCUACGAAGGAACUAACUGAGGUUUUAAACCCAAAGAUUAACUAUCUCUUCAUCAUUAGUGCAGUGUUUAUAAACAGUUAACAGAUCGUUUAUGAAGGACUAGAUGUACUCGCGUGCCUUCGAUAUAUUUCUGAUUACCAUCCUGUAGACAACAGCGUUAGUGAGUCUAACGCCACUUGUGUUAGCGGGAAAUCUCUGACGCCAGGAUGACCGAGUUGGCGAUCUUUAAGACCAGCAGCAGUACCGCUGUCUACAGCGUCACGGAAGCCACGGAAGUCAUCAGCAUGAACGAGCGUACGACUCAAACGCUUCAGAACGACGUGACACUUACUAGACUGGACCAGGUGACCAAUAGCUUCGUCAUGGUUAACCCGACACCCAAGACGGACACGACCAAACCCAGCUGCAGCCGUGACAGACUCCGUGGUAUGACCGGGAAUGUGGUGGUGGUUGAGAAAGGCUACAAGUCCUACGGGUCCAGGUCGAAGAAGGUCGCAGUCUUGGAGAGCCUGGACAUGAGGGUUCCCCAAGGUGCCAUCUACGGGCUGCUGGGUCCCAGCGGGUGCGGGAAGACCACAUUGCUGGGGUGUCUGGUAAACCGCCUCAAGCUUGACAAGGGAGAGAUCUUCCUCUACGGCUUUCCUCCAGGAACAUCUGCCGCCGCCGUUCCUGGCCACCGAGUCGGCUACAUGCCCCAGGAGCUGGCUCUGUAUCAAGAGUUCACCAUCCUGGAGACGUUAAGGUACUUCGGCAGGAUCCACCAGAUGAACUCAAAAAGUAUCUCGGAGAAGUCCAAGUUCCUGGUCAACUUCCUCGACCUUCCGGACCCCACCAGGCUUGUCAGCCAGCUCAGCGGAGGGCAGCAGAGGAGGGUGAGCUUCGCAGCGGCCUUACUCCACGAACCAGACCUACUUAUCCUUGACGAGCCCACCGUCGGUGUCGACCCUCUACUGAGGAGCAGCAUCUGGGCUCAUCUGCUGGACGUGUGCAAGACAGCCAGUACGACCAUCAUCAUCACCACUCACUACAUCGAGGAGGCCAGACAGGCAGACAGGGUGGGGUUGAUGCGAGGAGGUCGGCUACUGGCCGAGACGUCCCCCUCCAGCCUCAUCCAGCACUUCGCUAUUCCUUCCCUCGAGGACAUAUUCCUGAAGCUCUGCCUCCAGGACGGCGCCGAGGACGACCUAAAACUCGGACAGCAUAACAAGGCAUUUGAGGAAGACGGGUUACCAGUUCAGAAGGUCACUUCCGGGUCACUUCCAGCAGCCCGGGGCUUGACCUCUGACCUCAAGGAGGUGAUUAACCCCGACACUGGCCUGGUGACCCUGAGAGACUCCGAUGAAGAUAGCAUCUUGAUGGACCCCUGGGUGCAGACAUCUAAGUACGAGAGGAUGUUCUCCCAUGACCGGUUCUCCGCCCUCCUCAUGAAGAACUUCAUUCGCCUUUGGAGGAACAUUGGAUUCCUGUUGUUCUCGUUCCUCAUGCCGCCCCUACAGACGGUACUCUUCUGUCUGACGGUGGGAGGAACACCCUACAACCUCCCAAUGGCCAUCGUCAACUACGACAUCGGCUUCCCCGGACCACCCCUCCACAACCCCUUAUUCAACUUCUCAUCCAUCUAUAUCAAUGAACUCAACAGCAGAACAAUUGACAAGAAUUUCUACGAGAGCUUCGAGGACGGCUACCAGGCGGUGGUGGACGGGGAUGCUUGGGGUCUCGUGUUCUUCAACGAGUCCUUCACUAAAGGCAUAAUUGCCUUCUACCUCGAUAAUAACAACACUAUUCCCGUCAUCAAGCCCGAGGACAAGGAACAGAGCAAGAUCAAUCUAUAUAUGGACAUUACUAACUCUGAGAUUACGGCUACUCUGGAUUACGAGCUGUUGAAUACUCUUGAUAGAUUCAUAAAGAAACUGAUAAGUAUACCUGAAGAGUUCCUUAACAUUACCAUCGACGUCAGUAAAUUGUCUUUUCCUCUGAAGUUCAACCAACCAGUGUAUGGUUCCUCUGGCGCCUCCUUCACCGAGUUUAUGGCCCCGGGUGUCAUCCUCACGAUCACUUACUUCAUGGCGGUGGGGCUGACAGCUCUCUCCUUUAUCAUCGAGAGGAAGGAAGGUCUCCUUGACCGGUCGUGGGUCUCUGGUGUGCAGUCAAGCGAGGUGAUGUUGGCCCACCUGGCCACACAGAUGCUGGUGAUGCUGGUGCAGAUCGCGCUCAUCUUGGUGUUCAUGUUCCCGGUGUUCAAGCUGCCGUGUGAGGGCAACAUGCUAUGGGUCGUCCUCCUCUCUAUCCUCCAGGGCUUCUGCGGCAUGACCUUCGGGCUGAUGACGUCAGCGCUCUCCAACGACGAGAACACAGCAAUCAUGAUGGCUCUGGGGAUAUUCUACCCCCUGCUGCUCCUCUCAGGGAUAGUCUGGCCUGUGCAGGGCAUCCCUGUGGCUCUCAGGUACGUGUCGUACAUCUUGCCUCAGACGUACGCGUGCGAGGCUAUCCGCGCCGUGCUGUACAAGGGCUGGGACAUCACCCACUCUACUGUCUACCUCGGCUACAUCAUCACUGUCGCCUGGCUCUUCAUCCACCUGGCCAUCACCCUCGUAGCCAUCAGGAUCAGGAAGUGAGCAUCCUCUCAUCUCCAGGGAACAUUAUAUGUAUGUACGAAGCUUUGUAUAUGCUUCUUCCCUAUUUACGUCCCCCCUAUCCUUCACCCAUUUAUGCCCCUAUUCUUCCUUGCCUUUUUGUUUUAUGACCUCCCUAAUGGUGUAAAUCCUAUACGCCCAGCACUGUCCCUUCUACGGGCUAUUCAUGCCCGUGCCAUGAAUGCGUGGCUUAAUCUUCAUCGAUCAAUCAAUCACUGUCUCUUCACUUGAUAAUGAACCAUGUAGGUUCGAAACGUUGUGUAAAUUUAUAAUAAGUGUAAUAUAUUCUACAAUUAA